AUGGUCCAGAAUCAGAAGCCCAGCCCAAAUAUCAGGUUGGCCCAAAAACGACAGACCAAUACAGAUCCGAUCGGGUCGAAUAUAAAUACCAAUCAAUCACUCACCUCCAGUUCCCGUAAGGAACCACACAGGGGAGCGCCAAAGCUCCAGAGGAAAGGACCUGCAACCCGAUCUCCGUCGUUCUUGAUUGGAUUAAUCAUUUCCGCAUCCUCCAAUGCACACAAUAGCAACAUGAGUACAAAGGUUCAACCAAUAUCAAUGGAGGACACCAUUCAAACUUCCAUAACAACCACUUCAUCUGUAUCAUCAACAGUAAGCCCAAAAGUCUCCUUGUUCUCGAAAAAAUCCGGAUUCGUAAUACCAAAAAACAAGCUAUCAGGCUCCUUAGUUCCCAUCUUCCGAGGCAGCAAAAAGCCAGGUGGCGCUGACGUGGCAGAUGAAGAAAGCACAAAACAAGUGCUGAGAAAAACAAAAUGGGGCCCAGAUUUGACACAAGAUUCUUUUGUCAAAAAGGGAAGAGCUUCAGCAUAUCAGACUAGAUUGGAACAAAUUACACAACAACUUAAUUCAGGAGUUAUGGAGUCAAGUGAUGAUCAUAAUUCAACAAACAACCAAACUCUCGAGAAAUUAGAGUUAUUAGAACUUGAAAGGCGCGAGAUUAUUGGAGAAAUACUUAAACUGAAUCCAAGCUACAAGGCUCCAGCUGAUUAUAAGCCAUUGUUAAAGGAGGCUAAAGUUGUAAUUCCAAUUAAAGAAUAUCCCGAACGCAAUUUUAUUGGGGUAAUAUUUUCGGGUGAUACUUUAAAGCGAUUGGAAAAGGAAACUGGGGCAAAAUUACGGGUUUAUGGUAUGAAAUCAGAUACAAAGAAAGAGAGUGAGAUAACUUCAUAUGAUGAAAAUGAAGCUGAUUAUGAAGAGUUGUCAGUUUUUGUCACCGCUGACUCUUAUGAGAAGGUUGAUGCUGCAGUUUCCAUGAUUGAGAUACUAAUCACACAAGUUUCAGCAAACACUGAACCUGAACCUAUAGAAGUUCCAGUUUCUGAAGAUAACCCAACCAUGGUUAGUUUGACUCAAGAUCCAAAUCCACCUUCCUCUGUAAACCAAACACCAUCAUUACCUCAGUUUCCUCAAUACCCUAAUCAAUGGCUUCCAAACUUGUCAGUUUCAACCCCUCAUUUUUCAAAUUUGUCAGUUUCAACCCCUUCAAAUUCUGCCCCGAUACAAUCCCAACCCUUUCACCGACCACCAAAUAUGGGUUAUGCGGGCGCACCCAGGAAUCCUAUGCCACCUGUACAAGGUGCGCCACGUCAGCAUAAUUUUUCAUCCCCAAAUAUGCGGCCAAUGGGGUCGCCUAUUCCUCGACCGUUGACCUCUGGUGGUUGGUCUCAACCGCCGGCUGCCCCACAGAUGAUGAUUCGACCACCGCCGCCACCGCCACCACCAGCUAGGUCAAUGCCGCCGCCAUCUAUAAGGCAGCAGCCGCCCCAUGACCGCCUUAAGACCACAACCACCAAGUUCUAA